UCUCUCUCUCUCUCUCUCUCUCUCCAUUGUUUCCAAGCUUUGCAACUCUGUUUGAGGCUUGAGCCAUCCAGCAAAAUUCUGUUCUUUUUCCCCGAAAUCAAAAAAAACAAAACAAAGAAAGAUGACUAUUUCUCCUCUCAUCUCUGCUGCUCUGGCAGGCGUGAAAAUCUUGAUUCCACUCGCAAAAGAAGCAACUGGAGCAAUCAAAGGAGCGACGUGGGGUUUCAAAGGAGAUCUGGAAACACUUGCCAGAAGGUUAGAAACGAUUGAAGCUCUGUUGAGCGACGCUGAAGAUAGCGCAAGAAAGAUAAAAUCAAAAGUUCUGAAAGGGUGGCUGAAGAAUGUCAAGCUUGCAAUUUGUGAUGCCGAGAACGUGCUGGAUAAGAUUGCUUAUGAAUCUCUUCGAAGCAAGGUGGAGGUACGAAAGAGGGACAAGGUAAGGAAAUUCUUUAAUCCCUUGGCAUUUCGUCCCAAGAUUGCAGUUAAGGUUAAGAAUGUCAAUUCAUUGCUUGAUAGAAUCUGCAAAGAGGCAAAAGACAUUGGCCUUAGCGCAGCAAAUCAGCUCAUAAAUGCUGCUACUGCUGUUAAGCCUAUUGAUCAAUUGAGGCUGACUGGACCUUUUAUAGAUAAUUCAAAGGUUGUGGGAAGGGAUGCCGACGUCGCUAAGGUGAGAGACAUGUUACUCGGAUCCGGAGUAGAAGAUUAUUUAUCUGUGGUUGCCAUUGUAGGAAUGGGUGGGCUUGGGAAGACGACCCUUGCCCAGCUACUCUACAAAGACGAGGAGGUGGUGAGUUACUUUGAUAAGAAAUUAAUGUGGAUUUGUGUGUCUGAUGAUUUCGACGUUCCAAGGCUACUAAAUGAGAUGAUGCAAUCUCUGACUGGAAAUAAAUCAGACAUGACAAACAUUGAAGGAAUAGUGAGAAAUCUUCACAACAAACUAAAUGGACAGAAAUAUCUCCUUGUACUGGACGAUGUUUGGAAUGAAAGCGAUACCAUAUGGGAACGCAUGAGGGUUUAUCUGCAAGAAAUUGGUGGUUGCAAGGGAAGUAAAAUUAUAGUCACAUCCCGUAGUAUGGAGGUGGUGUCAACCAUGCGAACAUCUCCAUCUCUCACUCAUCGUUUGAGUGAGCUAUUGUAUGAUGAUAGUUGGAACAUGUUCAGGAAAAGAGCUUUCGCGCAUGGGGGACCAAGAGAAAAUCAAGCGUUGGUGGAUAUUGGCAAGAGAUUGGUAGCACAGUGUAAGGGCGUGCCAUUAGCAAUAAACUCUUUGGGAGGUUUAUUGUACUCUAAGCUACAUCAAAGGGAAUGGGAGUUGAUUGAGAAGACUGAAACAUGGAAAUUACUUGCAAAUGAAGAUGGGAUUCUUCCUGUAUUGAGGCUGAGUUAUGAUCAUUUACCGUCCCCAUGCUUGAAACAAUGUUUUGCAUUCUGUUCUUUUUUUCCAAAGGACUUCAAAAUGCCAAAGGAUGAGCUGAUUUGGCUAUGGAUGGGUUUGGGAUAUCUUCAGUCUCCCUCAGGAGGCAAUUUGGAAAUGGAAGAUGUUGGUAAUGAGUAUUUCAACAUUUUGUUGCGCAAUUCGUUAUUGCAAGACAUGGAAUUGGAUGAGAAUGAUGACAUUAAAAGUUGCAAGAUGCAUGAUCUAGUGCAUGAUCUUGCACUGGAUAUCUCAGAGGGUAGUUGUUUGACUUCGAAGGUUGGUGAGGUUCAGGACCUUUCUGAGGUUCAACAUCUAACAUUGCAUCUUGGAGAAGCAGAAGGCUUUGAGAAAUUAAAAUAUGGUAAAACAUUGAGGACACUCUCUUUAACGGGACAUCUUCCCAAGGACUUUAAAGAUGUCAAACAUAUUCAUGCCCUAACUUUGGUGACAUCUUUAGAGAGCUCCGAUGUCAAAGAGUUGCCAAGUUCAAUGCACAAGCUAAAACAUUUGAGAUAUCUUGACCUCUCAUGGACUUCAAUUGAAAGACUGCCAAGUGAUAUCACUAGUUUCUACAAUUUGCAAACAUUAAGACUGCCCACCUCGUUGUCAAUAAUUCCAGAAGAAUUACAUAAGUUGGUUGGCUUGAGACAUAUCUGUAUCAGUGGUAAAAUAGAGAAGUUGACACCGAAGAAGAUAGGGCGAUUGACUUCUUUGCAAACAUUACCAUUCUUUGUGGUUGGCAAGGGUGCAGGCUACAAGAUUGAAGAGCUGGGAAGCUUAAGCAAGUUAAGAGGUAAAUUUCAUGUUUACUGUCUCAACAACGUAAAAGACAAGGCAGAAGCAGAAAAGGCUAAAAUGCAAGAGAAAUCAGGCAUUACCGAGUUGGCGUUACAUUGGGAUGAGGGCUUGGGAGAAUCCAGCGUUAACCAUGAGGAUGUGUUGCAAGGACUCAAACCUAGUAGUAAUGUGAAGAAUUUAUUACUCGAAAAUUUUGGGGGGCGAAGUCUCGGAUCAUGGAUGAGUGGAGCUGUCCAGUUCCUACAAAAUUUGGUUAAGAUAGAAUUAAGGAGCUGCACAGAUUGUGAACAAGUCCCAACACUUGGACACCUACAGCAUCUUGAAGUUGUUGUAAUGGAUGGUUUCGAAAAUCUGAAGCAUAUUGGUCCUGACUUCUACGGAUUGAACGAAAUAAUUGUCGGCGGUGGUAGUAGUAGAACAAGGGCUGCACCUGCGGCUGUAAUAUUCCCGGCAUUGAGAGAACUCACUCUUAAGGGUAUGAAGGUAUUAGAAGAAUGGUCAGACAUAUCAUCACCACCUGUCGUUGAUGUGAGUACGAUUAAGUUCUUUCCUUGUCUAGAGAAGUUAUAUAUCUCGGGGUUCAGAAACUUGAAAACAAUUCCAGCCCAUUUGUUGUCCAUUCAAACUUUAAAUAUAGGUGACGGGGGUCGCUUUAUGGCAGAAUGGCUGGGUGGUUCCUACUGGCCCUACAUGGUUGUAGACACAUUUGAUUUAACACAAAAUAAAAUUCCCAUAGCAGAAUUGCUUGAAAGAUGCUACAAAUCCCUAAGGAUUCUGAGUAUAAAGAUGUUUAAGGAGCUGCGUCAUUUGCCAAACCAGCUACUGGACCUAUCGUCUCUUGAGAUAUUAAAGAUAGGCUACUGCAGGAAUCUGGAGCAUAUAGUUGAAGAUAAAGAAGCAGCAUUCGAUGGCCUAACGUCUCUUCAAUUGGUUUCAAUUGCGGAGUGUCAUAAUUUGAAAUUCUUGCCAAAAGGGCUACUAAAGCCAACCCUUGUAACAUUAGAGAUUUUAUGGUGUCCGAAUUUAGAAAUUGCGCAUCCAGAUGAACUUUGCACCCUUUCAUCCCUUCAGAAUGUGACAAUAAAAGGCUGUCCAAAAUGGAAGAGUUAUUGGGAGGAGGGGCUGCUCUGCCUUACCAGUCUUAAAAACUUGGAGAUAGGGUACUUCUCAGAGGCGCUUGAAUAUUUCCCCUGGCCAUCCUCCGCUAGUAGGGCGACUGCUGCUUCCAGCAGUAGUUCUACUGCUCCUAACCAAGAAUUCCCCUUCAUCUCUCUCGAGUCUCUGAGUUUAGGGGGCUGGAAUGAGCUUAAGUAUCUGCCUGACCAACUUCAGCACCUCACUACCUUGAGAGAGUUGAAAAUUCACUCUUUCAAAGGGUUGAAAGCUUUGCCUGAGUGGUUGGGCAACCUUUCGUCACUUCAAACUUUGCACCUACAUGAUUGCAGGAGCUUGAUGAGUUUUCCCUCGCUGGAAACAACCCAACGCCUCACCAGUUUGCACACUGUGUUUCUGUAUGGUUGUCCCCUACUAAUGGAAAGAAUCAAAAAGGAAAGCAGCGAAGAAAGGCCCAAGAUUUACCGCAAUCUAUCUAUCCAAUAUAAGUAAAGUACUGGUACUCCCAGCGGGCUGGUGGGCCGGUCCAUCUCCUCGACUCUAAUUCCCUUCAACUCCAAUUCGAUUCUUCCACCAGAGUCCUUACCGGUGUUGACCCCAACCCCACCGACAUCGAUCGCCGUCGCCUCCCGCUUGUAGUCGCCCUCCUCUCCGACCACCACUCCAACUCCUUCGGCAGCGCCGUUUCCCACCACGUCGUUAUCUUGGCUUGACAGAACCAGAGUACUACAUGUGAAGCAAAAGGAAAAAUAAUUUGGUGGAUGAUUUUGGUUAGAAAAGAUUAAGAGCUGCUCAAGAUUUGCAUUUAUAAGUCCCCAAAUGCUUAAGAUAUUAUCUCGUUGACGUCUUCGCUGCAUGUUUUAGAAGAUAAAUUACUUUUUUCUUGACGGAGUUGGUACAAGAGGCUCUUAUGAAAGAGAGUUAGUUUGUUGGUGAUAUAACUUAACUCGAGGAAGCACAUACUGACACCCUUGCAGAAACUUAGCCGGACUUUGGGCAUCAUCCGUACUUCUACCAAUUGCAAAAGGAGGAAGGCAGUUUGAGUGGGAGGCAACUAAUCCAAAGGCGUUGAAACAUGCAUUGAGUUUCAGUUUGGAUUUCAGAGGAUAUUAUUCGGUUUAUUUCGACUUUUUAACUAAAUAUACAUAAUACAUGAAGAUGUAGGCGUUGAUUAUACCUGUUCUUAUCUGGGUUAAAACUUUUGUACCAAGAAUUAAGUCAUAUAAUUGUGUUUGAUGUGAUAUAACUCCAUAUCUGAUCUAAAUAUUCUCCCAGUUAAUGCU